UUUUUAGUGAUCUCCUCUCAGCAGUAUAUUUUUAAUUGCGAUCUGGAUAGCAGUAUGAACAAUCCCAACACAACAGAGAAGGAUAACUUUCGGCUGGAAAGCGGUGUUAUAAAAAGACAAAGCUAUCUACUUCCUGGCGCCCUAGUAACUACCUUAUUCUUCUUAUGGGGAUUCAGUUACGGCUUAUUAGAUACGUUGAACAAGCACUUCCGAAAUGUUCUAGGAAUAUCAACAACAGAAACAACGUAUAUGCAAGUAGCUUAUUUCGGUGCUUAUUUUGUGAUGAGUAUCCCCGCGAGCAUACUUUCCAAACGAUUCGGUUACAAAAGGACAAUCAUUCUCGGGCUGGCACUCUAUGUGAUUGGAGCUUUAUGCUUCUACCCCUCCGCAGUAAACUUGAGUUUUGGAGGGUUCGUGGCAUCCCUUUUUGUCAUUGCAACUGGUUUAGCUACUUUGGAAAAUUGCGCCAAUGCAUAUAUUACAAUUAUCGGAUCAAGAAAAAAUGUGUCACUCCGAAUCAAUAUAGCUCAGGGCUUCAAUGGGCUUGCAUCGUGUGUGGCCCCUAUUGUUGCGUCAUACGCCUUCUUCGGAGGUAGCGAGGACACUACGAACAACAAUCUGGAUUCUGUAAAAUGGACUUACAUAGGUGUUGCUUGUGGCGUAUUUUGUAUUGCUGUAUUAUUCUGUUUUACCAAAAUUCCGGAAGUAGAUGAAGAAGCUAUAAUAGUGGAAGAAGCUAAACUGUCAGGCGAAGUUGCUCGCCGACCAUCUCUUUUGUCUCCUCAUUUACUAUUAGGUGCACUUGCUCAAUUUAUGUAUACAGGAGCACAGGUGUGUGUCGCUUCCCUAUUUAUGUUUUACAGUAAUGAAGUCGGACGCUUCCCAGAUUCUAGAGGCUCCAUACUCCUGUCUGUCGGUCAAGCUUGCUUUACAGUCGGAAGAUUUGUUGCCGCUAUUCUUUUGAAGAAAUAUAGAGCAGAGUACCUCAUGUCGUUUUUCGCUUUGGCAGCAAUUGUUGCCAAUAUCUUUGUAAUUGCCAUGAAAACAACAGCGACAACCUAUGCUUUGAUUGUCAUCAUGUUUUUUGAGAGCAUCAUGUUUCCCACCAUUUUUGCGUUGGCUACAAGGGAUUUAGGCAGAAAUCAUAAAAGAGGAUCAGCCUUGGUUAUCAUGGGAGUCUCAGGUGGUGCUGUACUUCCACCUGUUCAAGCUGUUAUUCAUGAUAAGGUGAAUAUAAAUAUAUCCUUCGUGAUUCCGUUGAUUGCAUUUGUAGCUGUCUUUUUUUAUAGUAUCAUGGGUUCGAAAUGGAUUCGAUAUGUUGUUGAAGAUUUAUCCGUUAAUGCUGAUACUAUGUCUCAAGAGUCAAAGAAAAAAUAUGUUGACAAUCCUAGCAACAACACAACAGGAAGCAGUACUUAAUCACAAUCAUAUAUCAUGCCUUUAGUACUUGAUUCAGUUUCCGGAAAACGAAACUAGCAUACCCUUAUUAAAUACGAACAUAUUAUAGCAUGAUAAAGUAAAUCGAAAA